ACAGGAAACAUGAAGGCACGUGUGUUUUCAUGGCGGGCAAUGCAGCGAAGAUGUUCGGUAAUGCGAAAGAUUCCAGCAGCAGUGACGACGAAGAGCUGAAAAGAUGUCAAGAAGCAGUUUGGGAUACACGAAUAAGUGGAGCCAGUGGCAUUGGCAAUACAAAACAAUCAAAACGUCUUGUAGUUGCUGACCAUGAACAUGAUGGCAACGGGCUCCAGGUCACCCAGGGAUUUCAAACUCAUGUCGCCAAAAAGUUAGGACAAUUUCUUGACAGUUGCUUUACAGAAACCCAGGCUGACAUAGCAAUCUGUAAGAAUCUGACAAAAUGUGAAGAUGAUGAAGGGUUUCUUUUGUUCUCUACGUCAGUCCCAAGACAGACAACAGACGAUCCCCCUCCUGCGGUACGACGACAACCUGUUCCCAGCUCAAGUGACAGUGACAGUGAAGUGGAAAGGAGGCUGAAGGAGGCAGCUGUGUCGUUGAAAGAUCUCUUGCCAUCAUCGUCACUUGUUUCCUCACCCACGGCAGCAGCACCUCCCCAGUUGGGAAAGAAAAAGAAGGAAUCAUCUGACACUGAAGAUGACAACGUUGCGAAGAAGAAGAAAAAAAAGAAGAUGAGGAAGCAGGCAGGAGAUGCAGGCGGCAAGCAUGUGGACUGCGAAGGAUCUCCAUGUGCUCAAAACAACUGUGACCACGCAGGUUCAAAGCAGGAACACCACAAAGUCAAACGGAAAAAGAAAGCGUCAGAAAAUGACUAAUGGGACUGUAAUGUAAAUGUUUCUUUGUACAGUGUCUAAAGCAUUAAAAGAUUUGACGAAAACAUAUAAGAAACAGGUCCCAUCUUUACAUAUAGUCAACAUUGCUGAUAGUUUGUCACAAAAAAUGUGUUUAUAAAAUGCUUAUGGUAUUGAGUUAACAUGUUUUAAGUGAACAUACAAUUUUUCAAGAUUCUAAAAGAGUAUUUAAAUAAA